UGUGAUUUGUGGUUGUUUUUAGGAAAUAGAAAUUUUAUUUCAAUAUAAUUAGACAAAUGUAAAUAGUAUUUUGAUUUAGUAUGUCUAUUAAUAAUUUAACGUCAGUUUUAAAAUCGUGCUCGGAAAGUGAACUAAUAAAUGAAGUCGUGGAAACGAAUAUGACAACUAAACAAGUAGAGGGAUCCCUACUGAAACGGACCUUUACAUUACCCCGUAAUCCUUUUGGAUCAGUCAGAGCGAGUUCUAGUAAAAAUAGACCUGUUGAUACUGAUAGCAAGCCACCUAUCGCUACAUCUGCGGUAGUCGGCACUCAAAUAAAUGAAGGUGCUGUUGAACGGAAGUUAUUCAGAAGGCCGUCUUGGAAGAUAUUUCUAAAUAAAAUAGCUCAGCAUAUGACCACUGUAAAUACUGGUGGGGUCAAAUCUGUGCAGACAAUUGCAAGUGACAGAGUGCCCUGUAUUGGGGAACCUCCCUGGCCUCCAGGCGCUACUCCUGCAGCUACUGGAAUUAAAAACCAUGGAAAUACUUGCUAUAUGAAUGCAGUGCUUCAAUGUUUAUCACAUACAGAUGUUAUUGCUGAAUAUUUUGUACUUGAUUACUACAAGGUUGAUCUUCAAAAAAGAAACAAAAUUAAUUCAAAGAAAUAUGGCACCAGAGGUGAGGUCACAGAACAACUGGCAACACUCUUGAAGGCGCUUUGGUCAUGUUGUUAUGCACCCGAUAUGAGUCUUGCCUUAAAGACAGCAGUAGAAAGACAUGGUUCACAAUACAGAGGGAACAGCCAACAUGAUGCUCAAGAAUUUCUUUUUUGGCUUCUUGAUAAAGUGCAUGAAGACCUAAAUACAGCAACCAAGAAAAAAUACAAAACAAUAAAAAAUACAGUUGGAAAGUCAGAUGAGGUUGUGGCAGCUGAGACAUUAGCAAACCAUGCGAGACGGAACAGUUCAUUUGUACAAGCAGUGUUCCAGGCACAGUACAGGUCUGCAUUGACAUGUGCGAAAUGUGACAGAACAUCUUGUACGUUUGAUCCGUUCCACUGUGUGAGUGUUCAGUUACCGACCAGACCAGCCACCGCACAGCCAUCACCACUGCCAGUCAAUGUUGUGUAUGUAAACCAACAACCUCGGCAAGUGCGCAUUGGAGUUGAGCUACCGGCAAAUGCCACGAUGGAAGACCUGCGGACUGUUCUACACACAGACACGGGCGUUGAACGAGAGCACAUCAUAUUGGCUGAAAUUAAUGAGACUGGUUGGUGCGUGGCUCGCAACCCAUGGGAGCCGGCCGGCAUCGACUCGGGCGCCCUCUAUUGCAUGGAGGCGCCUCCUCUACUGCAGACACCUACCACGCCAUACCUACUCAUACUGUGGGUGAACUUGCUCGAGGGAGAACGUUUCGGGUCGCCGUACGCGAUGCAAGUGCCGCGAGAGAUAUCAUUCGUGGACCUCCAGAAGUUGAUGUUGAAGGAAAUGUGCCAGGUGGUCGCCGACCGCGUGUUAGAGACCGCGCAGGGAACGGAUAUAUUCAAGGCGAGAAUUGCUGAGGCGCAUCGACCUAGAGACCCCGCCUAUCUUCAGCCCGAGUUGCCACACCCGCUGUUUGCACUGGACGUGGAACAAGCGCUGGUCUCCCACGACAAGUACCCGCACCUGCGCCUGGAGCUGCAGUGGGAGCCGCAGCACCGCGACAGCAUCGUGCGGGAGUGGGGCGAGGCGUGCGACGUGCACGUGUCGGCGGGCGGGCGAGCCGAGCCGCUCACCCUGGCGGCGUGUCUGGCGCACUACACGCGGGCCGAGACCCUGGCCGUGGAGGACGCCUGGAGGUGUCCUCAAUGCCAGAGAUACAUGCCGGUUGUGAAAACACUGGGCCUGUGGUCACUUCCCGACAUCCUCGUGAUACACCUAAAGCGAUUUAGACAGCAAGCCAAGGGCCGAACGAGUACAAAAUUGACCACAAUGGUUGAAUUCCCAUUGAAUGACUUCGAUAUGACACCACAUCUGGUACGGAAAAACAAGACCAGCGCUGAAUCCCCGGGGCAUUCAAGAUCGCCACGGCGGCGACCCUCAAAGACACCCAGCAUUCCUCAGGAAAAUAUAUACGACCUGUACGCCAUAUGCUACCACCACGGGGAUGAUUUAGAGACUGGUCAUUAUACUGCAGCUUGCAAGAAUCCUUAUGAAAACCGCUGGUACAAGUUUGAUGAUUCAAGAGUCACCGCCGUGAACGACGAAGACGCCUUUAGCGAGCUCGUGAAUAACUCCGCGUACAUGCUGUUCUAUAAGCGGAAGAGACCGACCGUGAUGCACUCUUGUUCAAUGGAAGAUAACGAACACUGGGCACUGAGAAUGCCCAGGCACUCGAAAUUACCUGAUCUGACAGAAAUUACUGAAAUUAAACAGGAAUCAGAUAGUAAUACUGGCGUAUCGGAAGAUGCUGAAGAUUUAGAGCCUGUAGUGGAAAAUCAGGAUGUUAUUACGAACGAAUGCAUACAGGCGACACUGAUACAGUCGCCGACGUUGCAACGGCCCCUCAUUAUCGAAGUGAACAAAUGUCUAACGAACGACGAACUAAGCGAUUACGAAAACGAGAGCGUGUCCAUAGAACCGUACAUACACAAGGAUGUGCACGUUAACCCCAAGAUGACGCCGGUGGACGCGCGACGACCGCGAUCUGUGGACUAUCCGGCCAGGGCUGGAACAUCCCCCCCCUCUAGGGACUCGGAUAGGAGUUACGAAAGUUCUCCGCUGGUAUCAUGUAUAAACGAAGUCGAAUAUCAUCCCACUACUGAGGACGUAAUGCUUUCUAUGUUUCAGGAGUCUAAAUAUAUCGUCCCGCGGCACCACAUCAACGGAGAAUCUCACAGAACAGGAGAAAAGUCUAACGUAUGGAAAACUCGAAUAUCUACCUGAGAACGGGCGCCGCCGGCAAGCGGUGAGAAGUUGUUCAUAUUAAUAUGUUGUUUGAACAAUCCGUAUGCGAGCAGUAUGUGGAGCUAGGACUGUCUGUGAACUUGUAGUUUGUGUUAGCCCGCCACUUAGAUAUAAAAUAAUAAACAUUAGAACCGAACUCUACAUUAGUACCACAUUAACCUAUUUUUCAAUGAAAGUUGAUAAAUAAAUACUUAGUCUAAUAAAACAAUAAAGAGUGAAGUCAUAAAUUAUUAAUUUAUAUGUGGAAAUAUUGAGGCAACCAUGGGAGUCCUCAACUCCAGAGGCCAAGAGAUGAGUCGCCAGCUUUUAAGUUGGAAGUACGCUAUUAACUUGAAGGUACCUAAGUCGUAUCGGUUCGGGAAAACUGCAUCCGGUACUUAUUCUCUCUCUCUCUCUCUCUCAAAGUGUCUGUGCGAGGCAAAAGUAGUUGUCAAACGUCAGUGAAUCGCUGCACUAGUUAGAGACGCUAUUAUGGGAUCAUAUAAAGAUUUGAAAGAAUUUCAUCAUAAUAUUAUUAUUAAUAAUUAAUUAAGUAAAUUAUCAUUGUUUAACUAAAAAAUGUGUUUCAAUGUAUUAAAUAUAUCAUAAGACGAAAUCAUGGUCUGUACUAAUAUAUGCACCUACUAGAAAAAUAUAAAGGGAACGUAAUGCCAUUAGAUGUUUAUUUCUAGAUUUAUCCAUAUAAUACAUAACUACAGAAUAUUGAGUCCGUAGAGUGACCAAUAUGUGGGGUAGUUGCUGAUAAAAAAUCAUUAUUGUUUAUUUUUGACGUUGACAGAUAGAUUGACCGCACGUUAAAAUUUGACAGCUAGUGUUAAUAAUAUACUUCGUGUGAUUGAAUGUUUAUAUAGAUUCUGGGCACCGGUCAUUACUAUAAUCACUUGUAAAUUCGUUUACACCGAUCAAAUGACACACUCUAAGCUUGUUGGUCUACUGAAACGUGACAUUGGCGAGUUGUGGUGCCCCUUCCACAGGUGCCACUAGAAAGAAUAGAAUAGAAUGUUUAUAUACUUAGCUACAGAAAUAUAUGUGGGGUAGUGGCUGAUAAAAGUCGUUCUUGUCGAUUUUUGACGUUGACAAUUUGACAACACCAAUUGGCAGCUAGUUUCAAUAAUGCUUCGUUAAUGCGAUUGAAUCCCUAGAUAACCUACCAAUUUAAAUAAUCCUCUUUUAUUGUUUUCUAUAUUGAGCCGAUGGUCUUGUAACCAAUGCUUUAUAUAAAUAAAUAAAAAAAAGAUUCUUUGACGCCUGUGUCUACAUAUAAUGUGGUACUUUUGUAUUGUGACGGUGUACGCAACCAGUUAUCUGAUUAGAUCUGAGACCUUGCGCGUACUUGACACAGAUUAAAUGUUUCGAUGUAGAUUUAGUUUAUUUAUAAAGUGAGAGGCCUGUCUUAUCAUAUAUUUUCUCAUGUUUCAAUGUUACGACAACCACCAUGGGCCACGCCUUCAUAAAAAUUAGUGUCAAAUCUGUUCUACUGAUUUCGUACAGCUAUUAGACUAAACUGUUUAAACGGUAGUAGUUCUGCCCAAACAUUGCCCAAAGCAUACAAGGACAAAACCGAUAAUGAUGAAAUUGGUUCAAAAAAUCAAAGAAUUAAAAACAAAUAAUAUAUAAUAAUGAGGAUAGUUACUACCACUCUUGAAUGAAUCAUCCAAGACUCAAAAACAACCACAAAAUUUCAUCAAAAUCGGUUUAGACAGCAAAACAUCCAUAUCGCGAAAUUUGUGUUACGGCUCUUAUGAAAACAUGUUGCGUUGUAGUAAUUUGUGUUGUGGCGAUAAGAGCACAACGCCACUGCUCGUCGUUAGCGUCGAGUUAUAAAUAUAAAAUGAAUAUCGGAUCAUUUUAUUUUAUUAAGCGUCUUAUGAAACAUGUAACCCAGUUUGUACCUAUACUGCGACGCUAGUCUCCUAAACAUAGUGUAUUUUAACAACCCCACUUAACAAAUGAUCUUAUGAAAUAGCUAGUAAUGUGUUAAUCAACGGAUGCCUAAUAAGAACAAGUACGAAUGCUUGCAAUAGUCGUUCUAGGAUAAGGUUAAGUGUAUUUUGUGAAAUAUAUUAUGUAGUCAUAGUCCGACCGUUUAUCU